UAUUUUUUUUCACAAUCUUAGACUAGGGAAUGCGAGGGUAAGUGAGUGUCCAAUAUAAAACCCUCACACCUUUCAUCACUUUAGAAACCCUAAUUAUACUGAGUGAGCGCAGCUGCAGCCGGAGGAGAGAGAAUCGUCUUCUACCUUCAACAAUGACUUUCAAGCGAAGGAAUGGAGGUCGCAACAAGCACGGCCGUGGCCAUGUCAACUUCAUUCGCUGCUCCAACUGCGGCAAAUGCUGCCCUAAGGACAAGGCCAUCAAGAGAUUUAUUGUGAGGAACAUUGUUGAACAAGCUGCCGUUCGUGAUGUUCAAGAAGCUUGUGUCUAUGAUGGGUACACACUCCCAAAGCUGUACACCAAGAUGCAGUAUUGUGUUUCUUGUGCUAUCCACUCCCAUGUUGUGAGGGUGCGAUCUCGCACUGACAGGAGGAAACGUGACCCACCACAGCGUUACACUAGACGCAAGGAGGAUACACCAAGGCCUGGUGCUGCUCCAGGGGCUCGCCCUGCUGCUGCUGCAGGAGGAGCUCGUCCAUAGAAGACAAGUCAUGUUCAUCUGAAGCUUUAUGCCUCCAAGUUUAUCCCAUAGAUUUUGAGAACUUUAGCUCUAAGUUUUGGAACAGAAUUUUUGUUAUCUUAACUAUAUGCUUGCAUUGUCUUUAUUUAGCUGUCAAUGAGGAAUGAUUGUUACUCAAAUUUUAAUGCCUCUACUUGUUUCAUAAGUGGUUGUUUUCAGAGUACUUAAUCUGUGAUCUAUUUUCAAAGUGUUUUGUUGCCUGUGGAUCAUUCCGGGAGUGGUUCUACAGUUAAUUAACGACAAUUUGAAUUUGCCUAUGCU